AUGUUUUAUCGUCUGGAAUUCGACUUUGCCUCGGACACCAUCAUGGAGUUUCCAGUUAUCCUAAAGGCUGAAGAUGGACAUCGAGACCGCGCCCAGAAUGUACAGCCCGUGAUCCCGUAUAACCUUGACAGAAGCAACCAUGAUUUCAGGAACACCAUCGUCAGGCUCCAAUUCACAUUUGGUGGCAAUACAAGACACGGCACCGGAUUCUUCGUCAACCUCCCUUCUCCCUCGUUCGAUGUCAUCCUUACGGCUGCCCAUAACCUUAUCGAUGGAAGCAAAAAUCUCGCCUCGGAUUUGAAGGUGAUAUAUGCAGACAAUGACGAGGAUUUGGUAACGGAGUUUAGGAUUUGUCCUCAAUACGUGGAUAUCCUAGGAACUCGGCCCAAAUCUGAUGUUAGGGCAAUAUAUGACUAUGGCGUCAUUUUGCUCCCCAAAGAUGAAAAGAAAAGGCACAAGAGGCAGGGUCUAGGACUGAGUCUCGAGCUCAGCUCCAACGACACGUUACUGAAACCCGGAAAAGAGGUGCGGGUGUAUGGCUACGGGGAAACGGCUGGUGGUGACCUCCUCGAGAGCUCCGGUCCUUUGAAUAGCGCUACCAGCCAGCUUGAAUACCAAGCACCCACAGAGCCUGGAAUGAGCGGAUCUCCCGUUUGGAUCCCGUACGGUGGUCAGCAAGUGGCCGUAGGCAUCCACAAUAUGAGACCGAAGGAGUCGGGUUCCGGGAGCAGAGGCGCAAGAAUCACCGACCAAGUCUUCCGCCAGCUCUGCCUCUGGGCAGGAGGAGGCUUCUUCAACCGUCGCCUUUGCGCGGUUGGAAAAGGGCCGGAUGGCAAGCCCACGCACAACACGUACCUGUCUUUUUCUCGGCACUGCGACUUCGCCAAGGUAUUCCUGGGGUCUUCCGAGGCCGCAUCGUCUCAGGACAACUUGAGCUUUGAUAUCCUGCCGGCGACCAUCCCUCCGAGCUGGGCUGUCAAACCAUCUCCCUUAUGGGCGUUCAAGUUCCAUACGCCUUCGGGCUGGAAGGAUAAAGAGAAGUGCUGGGUUGAAUGGCAGCCAGCAAAGCAAAGAGCCGUCUUGGUGGACACAAUGAAAGAGGUUAACCUUUGUGGUAAAAAGCCAUUUCGCGUCGUCAUACCAAUGGCAAAUGAGACGAACAACCAGGAAUUGAGAUUGUAUGACGAUGAUCGGGAUGAGGAAGACAUCGAAGAUGGAAUGACUGACUUCGCGGGAGUAUCGUUUGCUGAUCAAGGAGACAAGGGUAUUAUGGGGAAAGGACUGUUCGUGAUUGAUUAA